UCGUCCGUGCGUACACCAAAUGGAGCAACAAGACAUUCAGUCGGAUCCAACCCCAGAACCGGUCGCAAAGCAGCAGAAUACGAAUGGAAGUGAUAAGAUCGCCGUCUGGUGGCUUUUCGCGCUCACUGGCAUCGUUGUGGGGAUUUACUUUCUCGUCUACUGGAACUGGGUGUCCAUGCCGGCAGCACUUAGGCUCGCAGAUGAGCCCACCCAUCCGGAGCGCUUCAUAGCGGAGCUAGCGAAGCUGCAUCUGAUCGAGAUGAGCAGCGUUGGUCCACGGGUGGCCGGUAGCUACGCGAACGAGAUCCUCACGGUGGGGUUUCUACGGCGCGUCGUUCAAGGGAUCGUCGACAACGCCAAUCCGGUGCACCGUGUGGAACUAGAGAUACAGCAAGCCUACGGUAACAUGUUUCUGGACUACGAAAAAUAUCCCCAGACGAGUGUGUAUCGUGGCAUCCAGAAUGUGGUGGUACGGGUUGUGCCAAGUGGUGGUGGUGGUGCGGAACCGGAGCACUUCCUGAUGCUCAGUUCACACUUUGAUAGCGUUCCGCAGAGUCCGGGGGCGGGCGAUGAUGGUACGAUGAGUGUGGUGAUGCUGGAAGUGUUGAGGAAGGUGUCGCAGCAUCCGGAACCGUUCGCUCAUGGGCUUGUGUUUGUGUUUAAUGGAUGCGAGGAGAAUACGUUGCAAGGAUCGCAUGCGUUCGUGGCGUACCAUCCGUUGUUCCGGCGGGUGCGUACCUUUAUCAACAUGGACGUGGCGGCCAACGGUGGGCGUGAUAUUAUGUUCCAGGCCGGUCCGAAGUACUCCUUUUUGAUGGAGUACUACCGGGACAACGUACCGCACCCGUACUGUACGGCGGUAGCGGAGGAACUCUUCCAGGCCGACCUGGUCCCCUCGGAGACGGACUACUACGUUUACACCAAGUUUGGCCACAUUCCCGGUAUGGAUUUUGCGCACAGUACCUGGGGCUACCUGUACCAUACGGCGUACGAUUCGCACUCAACGAUCCCCGAAACCACGCUCCAGCACACCGGCGAUAAUAUUCUGGCGUUAACGAAAGCCCUGGCGAACGCCGAAGAACUGUACGACAUCCGGGAGCACGAGGGCAGUAAGGCCGUGUUUUUCGAUUUCCUCAACUGGUUCUUGAUUUACUAUCCGCUGUGGGCGUCCAUUUUGCUCAAUGUUGGCUUGUCCGUGAUUGCCAUCGCUGUGGUCGGGAUUUCGCUUUGGAUGACGAUGCGACAGCACGGAGUAACCCUCGGUACGAUGGCUUUCCAGUGUCUUCUGAGUGUUGGUGUUAUUCUGCUGUCGGUGAUCGUAGGAGUUGGAUUGAGCCUGGUGCUGGCCGUGAUCCUGAACGCGGUCGGUUCCACGAUGAGUUGGUUUACGCAAAGCUGGCUCAUCAGCGGGCUGUACGGAUGUCCUUAUCUGCUGGCGCUGCUCACCGGUCCCGUUCUGUUUGUGCGCCUUGUUCGACAGGAUCAACUUCCGGUGCAGGUUCGCGUGCAGUUGCUACUCCACAUGACCUGCAUGCUGUACGUGUUGAUAUUGAUCGUGCUAACGGCGAUGAGCAUUCGUUCGGCGUACCUCUUUACGAUCGUGAUUCUGUUUUACAUCAUAACGGGGCUGGUGAAUCUGUUGAUCCGGUAUCAAUCCACGCACUGGAUCUACGUGCAUCUGAUUGGCCAGAUCAUACCGAUCGCGUACCUGAGCUCGGUUUCGCUGACCAGUUUCGCAACCUUCAUUCCAAUGCAAGGCCGUGGUAGUGCUGGAUCGAAUCCGGAGCUGCUGAUUGCUUUGUUUGCGGUGCUGCUAGCAUUGCUUGGCACGGGGUUGAUCACUCCGCUGCUCGCAUUAACACGGAAGCCCUACUGGUACGUUGGGUUCGUGGGCUUGUUCUUCGUCAUCUCGAUCAUAGUGAUGGUGACGGAGGCGGGAUUCCCAUUCCGAGAGGCUACCUCACCACAGCGCUAUUACAUUUAUCACAUGGAUCGUCACUUCUAUCACCAGAAUGGCAGCAUGCGCCGAUCGGACGCACGGUUCUACAUUCAUCCGCAGGAUCGCUAUACGCCCGACCUCAUCAUGGACCUCAUUCCCGAAAUGUCCCAAGCAACACCGCUCGGUGACGAGUGUGACCGUGAGCUGUACUGUGGCAUACCGUUCUAUCAGAACACCCAACACGCACAGCGUGAAAAUGCCUGGUGGUUGCCAGCCUCGGUACCGACCAUUCCAGUUCCCGUUGAGCUCCAACUGACGGACAAACGGUUCGAUGCCACGCUCAAUGGUACCACGUUCCGCUUUACGGUGUCUGGGCCGGAUCAUAUGAGCUUCUACGUGUCACCGGUGCAAGGGAUAAAGCUCGCGAGCUGGAGUUUCAGCGACCGCGUACCACGCAGUGGGUUGCGUUGGCACGAUCAGGAUGUGCAUUUCAUCAAUUACGUACACGGGAUCGAUGAUUCACCGUACGAGUUCGACAUAACGGUGCAGGGUGUGGCUACGAAGCCACAGGAAGCGGGAUGGAGCUUCUACUUGAACGUGGUGGCACAGUACAUGCACCACGAGCAGUACAGAACGGCGGAGUUUAGCCAGUUCAUCAAUCAGUUCCCACGCUAUGCGCAUGUUGUCGCCUAUCCGACGUAUCUGGAGAGUCGGAUCUUUUGAAACGGAGCAAAGUGAGAGGAAGAUAGAGAGAGGUAACGAUCAUGUAAGCUGAAGCAGACCCAAUAAAGUUUGAAUUUUGAUUACA